CCUAGUUCAAUAAACUGCCGCCACCAAUAAUCAUCAUGCGCGCCGCCGUCGUUCUCGCAGCUCUUAGCAGCCUCGUCAUGGCUGCCCCUGCGGCUGGCCAUGACAACGAGAUCGGUGUCAUUUUCACCUACACCAACGGAUCUCAAUCUGAGAUGAAGUGGGUUCAGGACAGCAUCUCCCAGGUGCCUCUCAACAGCGGUGGCAUUGUUGACAAUGUCUUCGUCGAGCCACUUGCGAACCCUGCCCUCCCCGGCAGAUACUUUGGUGCUCGCUGCGCUUUCCUGGAUGCGCUGAGCCGCGGUCUGGGAGUGGGUCAGGUGAAUGGACCUGGAACCAUCAUUCUCGAGUCCAAGGAUGUUAUCGAGUAUGUUCAAUGCAACACUGACUGAGUCUUGUUUGGGAGGAUGGGUAUACCUGGUGGUAGUGGAUUGUAAUUAGCCGUUGUCUGAGCAUGAAUGAUACCUCUUUGUUCU